AUGGAUCAGGACCUGUCGUCGGAGCUGGACCCGGCGCUCCUCUUGUCAACGUCGGCGUCCUCCUCGUCGCCGCCGGACUCCGCGUCGCCGUCCUUCUCCUCCUCCUCCCAGCCCUCCCCUCCUCCGGAGUACACCCUCGCCGUCACCAACCUUUCCUGCCCCGCGCCUCGCCGCGCCAGCGCCGCCUUCCUCCCGUUCCUGCAGUCCUCCUCCACCCCAGCCACCGCCAGCGCGAGCGAGGGGCUCCUCAACUCCGUCUCCUUCACCGCGUCCAGCUCCCGCAUCCUGGCCAUUGUGGGCCCCAGCGGCGCCGGCAAGUCGACGCUCCUCCGCAUCCUGUCCGGCCGCGGCACCGGCUCCGAGAUCGCCAAGCCGCCCACCGUGUCCAUCAACGGCCACGCCGUCACCUCCCGCGCGCAGCUGCGCCGGACGUGCGGCUUCGUCACGCAGGACGACAACCUCCUCCCGCUGCUCACCGUCCGCGAGACCAUCCUCUUCGCCGCGCGGUUCAGGCUCCGCUCCGACGUGACCGCGCGGGAGCGGAGCGAGAGGGUCGACGCGCUCAUGCAGGAGCUGGGCCUCUCCGAGGUGGCGGACAGCUACGUCGGCGGCGGCGACGGCGAGAUGUCGUCGGCCCGCGGGGUGUCCGGCGGCGAGCGGAAGCGGGUCUCCAUCGCGGUGGACAUCGUGCACGACCCGCCGGUGCUGCUGCUGGACGAGCCCACGUCCGGGCUGGACAGCCGGUCCGCCAUGGACGUGCUGGCGCUGCUGCACGAGGUGGCGCGCGCGCGGCGGCAGGUGGUGGUGCUCAGCAUCCACCAGCCCAGCUACCGCAUGCUCGGCUACAUCUCGUCGCUGCUGCUGCUCUCCCGGGGCGCCGUCGCGCACUUCGGCACGCUCAAGUCGCUCGAGGGCGCGCUCGGGAGGAUGGGCCACAAGAUCCCCACGCAGCUCAACCCGCUGGAGCUCGCCAUGGAGGUCACCGACCAGCUCCAGGAGGACCACUCCAAGCUCGCCGAGCUCAAGGAUCAAGACCAGUCCGAGGACGAAAGUCUCGGCCUCGCCAGCGGCCGCGGCGGCCUUCACGUCCCCGAGCACGGGUUUCGGGGCCGCGCCGUGGAGGUGGCGGCGCUGACCGUGCGCUGCUGGCGCACAAUGUACCGCACGCAGCAGCUCUUCGCGGCGCGGGCGGCGCAGGCCAUCGUCGGCGGGCUCGGCCUCGGCAGCGUCUUCUUCCGCGUCCCCGCCGACCCGGACGGCGUGGCGCUCCGGCUGGGACUCUUCGCCUUCAGCCUCAGCUUCCUCCUUUCCUCCACCGUGGAGGCCCUGCCAAUCCUCCUCCAGGAGCGCCGCGUGCUGAUGCGGGAGGCGUCCCGCCGCGCCUACCGCCUAUCCUCGUACGUGAUCGCCAACGCGCUCGUCUUCGCGCCCUGCCUCCUCGCCGUGGCGAUCCUCUUCUCGGCGCCCGUGUACUGGCUCGUGGGCCUCCGCGCCUCCCUCGCCGCAUUCGCCUUCUUCGUCCUCGCCGUGUGGCUCAUCGUGCUCAUGGCAAGCUCCCUGGUCCUCUUCCUCAGCGCCGUGUCGCCGGACUUCAUCCUCGGCAACUCCCUCAUCUGCAUCUUCCUCGGCGUCUUCUUCCUCUUCUCCGGCUACUUCAUACCCAAGGAGAGCAUCCCGAGGUACUGGACCUUCAUGUACUACGUGUCCAUGUACAGGUACCCGCUGGACCUGCUGCUCAUCAACGAGUACGGAGGCAGCGCCAGCGAGAAGUGCGUCGCGUGGAUGGGAGGGAACGCCAUGAACGGCAACGGCGUGUGCUUGAGCACCGGCGGCGACGUGCUGAGGGGGAGAGGGGUCGACGAGGGCAUGAGGUGGGUCAAUGUGGGUGUCAUGCUGGGCUUCUUCCUGGUGUACAGGAUCAUGUGCUGGGCUGUGCUGGUGAGGAGGGCGUCCAAGACCACGCUUUGAUCCAUUGUUUACCCUGUUUUUUUUGU